AUGGGGAGAUCAAGAAGGAUGUAUGCGAAGUUGAAGAGAAUGGUGAGGCAACAGAGGGGGAAGUUGUUCAUCAUGAGGGUUUGCAUCUCUAUGCUUCUGAGUCGGCGCAAACAUUCUUAA